UCUAAAUGCUGAUGGUUGUCGACCUUUCCCAUCUAAUGAUUACGAUGAUUGUGCUGAGGAUGGGUUUUGUGAAGAAUGGAGUGCUGCUAGAACCGAUAUGAUGCUCGCAAGUGUCAUUAGUGGUGUAGCAUUUUUUUAUUUGUUAUAUGUACUAUUUUUUGGUGGUAUAGGUCUUAAACAAAAUAGUUGGAAAUAUAUUUCUG